UUAUCAUUUGCAUACUCAUCACCAGCGUAUUGUCACUGAUCAGGUGUUUGUAUCAUUUCUAAAAUUUCGCUCAAGCAGCAGAGUGAAUGCAAUGGCUUCUUCAUUCUCCCGUCUUGUACGCUUCGUGUCUAAAUCCAACCCUUCCAGAACGUUCAUCGGGGAGCCCAUGGACGCAAACCUUGAUAUUGGGCUGGCGCUCUAUAAUGGUAAAGAUGUGCAAGUAAAACGGUUUACUGGGUCUUCCAUCCUUGCUCCUGGGCAGCGUACCGAGAAUGUUGAGAGUAUCAAGGCCGUACUUUCACCACUAGCACAAGACGAAGUUGGCACUAUCCGAUGUGUUGGAUUGAACUACGUAUCCCACGCAAAAGAAAUGAAUCUCCACCUUCCCGAUUUACCAAGUAUUUUCCUCAAACCGUCCACAGCUCUGGGAAACCCAUGGCCGGAGCCAUGUCUUCUUCCCAAGAUUACUCAAAAGGACAACACGGGUGACUACGAGUCUGAAUUAGCAGUCAUCAUUGGAAAGACAGCAAAGAAUGUGUCUGAGAAGGAUGCGUUUGACUAUAUCCUUGGAUAUACGGCUGCCAAUGACAUUUCCAGCCGAACCUCGCAGAACAAUCAAAGUCAGUGGUGUUUCUCGAAGGGAUUUGACGGAGCUUGCCCAUUGGGACCUGUUGUGGUUUCGACUUCACUUAUCCCGGACCCAUCACAAUUACGUAUCAAAGGAUCAUUAAACGGCAAUGUAGUUCAGGACUGCGGUCUCGGGUAAGCUACUUGCUCCUAAUACUUUCGAAUAAUCUUUUGACCAUCGUCACAGAGACAUGAUCUUCACCGUCCCGCAGCUCAUCAGCUUCCUUUCUCAAGGAACAACCUUAUUUCCAGGCACAGUAAUCAUAACCGGCACUCCGCCAGGUGUCGGUGCAGCAAAGAGACCACCUCAGUUCAUCAAGGAAGGCGACGAGUUCCGUGUUUCGCUGGAACCGCAUAUUGGAACGCUGAUUACUCAGUUUAGGAAUGAAUGACUCCUAGCUAGAGGUAAUAUCUCACAUUGAAAAGAGGAAUAGACUCUUGUAUCGCUCCAAUGCGUACUUACUAUCCAAAAUGGGGCCCUGUGGUACUUGC